CUUCCUGUUCAUUAAUCGUUGUCUUGACAAUCUUAAGCAGCUUAGGAAACAAAGGCAAGGAAAAGAACCUGAAAGUGUUGAAAACAAAUGGAGGAAAAGAAAUGCUACAGUUCUCACGUCGUGGUUCUUCCGUUUCCUGGACAAGGCCAUAUAAAUCCAAUGCUCCAAUUUUCUAAACGUUUGGCCUCUAAAGGGAUCAAAAUCACGGUAUCCACGACACUUUCUAGCGUCAAGUCCUUGCAAUCUCGAGCUGAGUCAAUUACACUAGAAUCAAUAUAUGAUGACAACACUGAAGGAGGGAUCACAGGACCAGCAGCGUUGAUGGGGUUCCUCGAGAAGUUUGAAGUUGUUGGCGCACGUUGCUUAGGAGAACUCUUGAAGAAGCUAGAGAAUUCUGAGUGCCCUGUGAAGGGACUGGUUUAUGAUGCUAAUUUACCGUGGGCUCUGAACAUAGCUAAGCAACUGGGUGUUGUCAGUGCUGCAUUUUUCACUCAAUCAUGUGCUGCAAUUGCCUGCUACUACCCCUUGUACGUGGAGAUGUGUGGCAAACCACUAUCGGUGCCUGCCUUUUCAAUGCCUGGAUUGCGACAGCCUGCACUUCCAAACCCUGCAUCCUUUGGUUCGGAGACAGAACACUUUCCCCCCUUAAUCAAACACAUAUUAAACCAAUUCAGCAACAUUGAGAAGGCCGAUUGGAUCCUGUUUAACUCAUUCUAUAAGUUGGAAGAGGAGGUUCUAAAGUGGAUGACCAAUCUCUACUCUACAGUUAGAACUAUCGGACCAACUUUGCCAUCUGUUUACCUCGACAAGAGGCUGGAAGAUGACAAAGAUUACGGUUUCAAUCUCUAUAAGCCAAUCAGCGAGACAUGCAUGCAAUGGCUAAACUCAAAGGAACCUGGUUCAGUGGUAUAUGUUUCAUUUGGCAGUGCUGCAGCUUUGAGUGCUCCACAAAUGACAGAAAUGGCGCACGCCCUGAGACAAACCAGCAGCAACUUCUUGUGGGUGGUGAAGGCAACCGAAGAGAGCAAUCUCCCCAACAAAUUUGUGGAGGAGACGUCAGGGAAAGGAUUGGUCGUGGCAUGGAGCCCGCAGCUGGAGGUGCUGGCCCAUCAAGCCAUCGGAUGCUUCAUAACACAUUGUGGAUGGAACUCGACGGUGGAAGGAGUAAGCUUGGGAGUGCCAAUGGUGGGAAUGCCACAGUUUCUAGACCAAAUGACGAAUGCGUAUUUACUGGAGAAAGUUUGGGAAGUGGGAGUUCAGCCAAAAGUAGACGAAAAAGGUCUUGCUAGUGGGGAAGAAAUCGAGAGAUGCAUCAGCCAAGUCAUGCAGGCCGGAGAAAGAGGGCAGGAGUUUAAGAAGAGAGCCAUGCAGUGGAAACAGUUUGCAAAGGAGGCAGUGAAUGAGGGUGGAAGUUCAGAUAAGUGUAUAGAUGAGAUUAUUGCUCAACUAGUCUGCACCUAAAAUUUUGUCUAGUUUUGGGAAUGGGCUUCCAACUACUGUAAGAACUAAGAAGAAACCUCAACAACGGUUAUUUCUUCCUAAAACUGCAGCAAAUUCCUUCGUUGAUUCUCGAUUUGCAAUGAUGUUGUUUUGUUUUCUAUACUUUUUUACAUCAUUGCGAUUUAUUAAUAAAAAAUUAUAU